AUGAACCCAGCGGGUCAUCUGCUGUCUCCUACGAGCAGCCUGCCACCUUUACGUUCGUUGACUGCACUCAAUAGGGACCGAAUAUUCUCGGCUCUAGAUAACCUUUAUGAGUUGUACUGCCCCGUCUCGUUACCACGGGCAGUUAAGUCGCAGCUCGAACAUGGGAAGGCUCAUGAUGAUUUACUAGUCCAACCGAUCGACUCCGGCUACGUCUCCGAGGAUGAUAUAGAUUCGGAAUAUGAUCUUGACGAGUUACGUGCAGACACCUUCGAGCGUAACUUCGCUAUUCGCUGGUUGACUACUUUAAUCGCCAGCGCGGAAGAGCUACCCCUGAGUAAUGAAGACGAGCGCGAGCAGGCGGUUGAUAAAGCUUCCUUUAUCCUUGCCUCGUUCACCAAACUCGCGGACGGAGAUGACGAAGAGGAUUCCGGAAUUACACGAGAAUUUUCUUUCGAACUAUCGUUAUUCUCCAAUCAGGGUUCUCCUGGGUUGAAGGAGUCUGGUAUCCGUGAAAAGGUCUCGAUAGACGUGCAACUCAAUGAUGCACCACAAACCUCCACAGAUCACACCGAUGUUGGCCUACAGAGCUGGGGUGCAUCCAUUGUUUUCUCUGACCUGUUAUGUUCGUCACCAGACCGGCUCGGACUUAAUCAAGAAACCCUCGGCUCGUCUCCGCGUAUCAUCGAGCUUGGUGCCGGGACGGGACUAGUCAGUCUUGUUCUUGCUAAAGCGCUACCUCACUUCGGUGUAUCUGAUGCCACCUUGAUAGCAACAGACUAUCAUCCGGCUGUUCUUGAGAAUCUACAGUCUAAUGUCAAGCUCAGCCGGGUAAGCGUAGAGACAUGCUUCCUCAAUUGGUCCGCCCCUAUCUUGGAAGCACCGCUCGACUUAUCAGCAGACGUGCUCGUAGCGACCGACGUGGUAUACGCACCUGAGCACGCUGUGUGGCUUCGAGACUGUGCGACCCGUCUGCUCGCACCUAAGGGUGUGUUCUGGCUACUCAUGACUAUACGCCCGAAUGGCCGCUUCGAAACUGUGGUUGACUCUGUCGAAGCCGCCUUCAAUGGAUCAUACUCCCAAACCUCAGACAAUCGACAUCUCGCAAUUCUGAACAUGGAGGGUGUUGAAAAGCGCCGUGGCGUUGGACGUGGAGAUGAGAGUGGAUAUAAACUAUUUAGAAUCGGGUGGGCUUAG